GCUCAGCGUCGCGUCAUCAUGUGAAGAUGUAGUUGUUCUGGCAGAAUCUUUUCCUAAGUCGCAUAUAACAAGAUGCGAUCACAAUUCUUGCUCGUGCUGCCUACUUGAGGCCGGCACUGGCUCCUGCGAGCCAGCCUGCACUUCAUUUUCGUCGAAGUUUUACCGGAAUUCCAAUCAGGGUGGGUUUGGCUCGUCGGCGUCAAGAUGCUCUUCACUCAUGGUCUCCAACUGCCAGCCCCACUUGCUUCUGGGUCAAGUGACGUGUUUUCGUACGUCUGAUUUGGCGGGAAUUCCGAAGAUGCGCGGCGCCGCGAGCAGAUUUUUCGCCCGCCUUCUACGCCGGUGUUCUUCGGGCGCCGUUGGAGAUACGACGGACAGCGAGGGUGAAAAGGAAGGUCCCUAUCGUGCCAAUGAUGAUGAUCAUGUCGAAAAGGUGGAAGAAAACUACGACGCGCAGAAACAGGAGACGAAGCAGCAGGAAAACUACAGAAUGCUGACGACCACGGCGAACGAAGUACAGUUGGGGGAUGAGGAUGAAGUUCAAGUUUCUCCUGGGCGAACGAGUCACCUCGACCUGAACAGCAGGAACAUUUCGUAUUUUUCGCAGUCUUGUGGCGGGGCGACCACGGUUCUUGCCCGGUUCAAGACCAGCAGCUGCAGCACCAUGAAGGACGACUCUGUCUUGUACGCGAGGAUGAUGAAGAGAAUUAGAUUGCAGCAGCAACAACGCUAUCCAAACACGCAGCAGUUUUGACGUGGUAAGUAGUCGUGUGAGUUGCAAUGCAUGGACAUUUGGCAUAUUUUAGGUAGUUCGAAGUUGUAGUUGAUGGACUGCUGGUCGUGCUAGAAACGCCGCUUCGCAACACACUUGCUGCACCUCAUGCGACUAGCUACAACGCCCUUUGGUCGUUUCAACAGGAUAAACGCAACCGGCGUAAUGCGCUUCGCUACGGAUUGGGCGGGAAGGUCCUUGAGGCGCUGGUCUGGGUUUUCGUUUUGUACGUUUUGUACAGUGUGUCCUUGGUCGCGGAUUUUCUCGCACUCGCGGAGGCGACGGACGAAACGGCCGUGUAUGCUACAGGAUUCUUGAGUCAACUAACGCCAAGUGCAAUAAGCUGCGGAGCAAGAACAGCUCGGAUUUUAGUCCAAGUACUACUCAACGUAUACAGGAGAAGUAAUGACAAAUAAACGCACAACAAAUAGGAGUCGAUAAGGGACAAUCUAAGGCUUAGAGUCGAACAGAUUUAAAUCAUCAAACGCACAACAAAAAUCCCCACCGAGAAAAAAAACAGUCCUAUGUGUGUGUGUGUUUCGACUACUGUACAUAGAUGGCGGUCCUCGUGAUAAUGACAUAAGAAGAUGAUAGCGAAGUAUUAAUUUGAAGAUGAAGUUACCUCAGGAAUUGGGUUCCACCCUCUGCAUAAAGCAAAGCUUUCGUCAACGUCUUUGAAGAGGCCGCCAGCAGGAGAAAAACUGUCUGUGGCUGAUUCGAAAGCGAAAACGAGCAAAGAACCGGAUCGCGAAAAAGCUGCCGGGAAAUCGUCGACGACAUCCGUUGAGGAGGAGAAGCUACCAGGACCUGCAGGAGACGCUUCUACUUCUCCGCUCCCCGACGCUACGUCCUCGAGCGAGGUCGCGGCUGCGGAUAAAAACAGCGGUGGAAACAACCCUCCGGUCACGGUCCUCGAUACUAUCGUCCACAGAAAAUAGUAAGCUUUGAUUCGUUGUCAUCGCAUGCGCACAAAUCAAUUGGGUAUUUUCGUACUGAAUUCUGAUGGAUAUGCCGCUUCUUCACGCAAUUUCCGUGUCGUUGUAAUUGGUUACUAUCGAGAGAGUUGGUUUGUGGAUGCGCGGACGGUAGAAACAAAGGUAAAUGCAUUUCAUAAGUGCUACAACGACCGAGACGGACUCCAACCAGAAACAACGGAGGAAAGAAAAUGCAGAAGGCGACGUUGCUCCUGGCCAAGAAGCCGCACUCCCGCAGCAACAAAGUGCAACUUCAUCCACAUCUCCUACUUCUGAUUAUGAUGCAGCUUCAGGUAAGGAGCAACAGCAAGCAGCCGCAGCUUCAUCCGGAGGAACGCCGCGCACAGAUGCCACUGUCCUUGGUCGGAAGGAACAGGAGAACAAGGACGGGUCUGCCCUGCUCGAAAGGAGUAGACUUCUUGCUGCGAUAAGCAAUCAGGUAACAGGGGGGGCGAAAGCGGAGGCGGACAACGACAAUGGCCCUGCAGGUGCUGACGAUACCAAAGAAGCGGGGGAAGCGAACAAGCCUGCAAAGAAGAUUAGCUCUUGGCAGAGAUUCAAAGCGCUGAUGGGGCGAGUCAGCCUUCCCUGGGCGAGCUCUGCUUUCGCUAACACGGGCGUCGACCUGUCCGCAAUGCUAAAAAAAGGAGACGCCAAAGGCAUUGAGAAGGUGGAAGACGACGCGGAAGACGAGUUUGAAAAGGAAAUGGCGGAAAUGGAACAGGCACUGCAAAAUCGCCGUGAAACGAAUUUUCAGCUAAAACAAAAGCCAGUUACCGACGGGCAGAAAGGUGUUAACGCAGGGGAACGCUUGGCAGAAGAGGCGCUGGAGGUACCUCGGGGGAUCCGCUAUCUACUGCAUGCCGCCCUCUCCAUACUGUCAGGAGAACACUUGAUGGAGAACAAUGGUGACGUGCUCGAAACUCUGCACGUGGACAAGGAGCGCAAGGACGAGUUUUCGAGAAAGCUAUCGAAGCACGAAGACGAACGCAGGGCCGAGGAGCUAGAGGAAGUGGAAACAGGAUCCGUAGAAAAGGCAGAACCUGGCCAAUCGUUUGACAAGAAAGGCGCGCGCACGAAAUAUGUCGCGUCAGAGGAUGGACUAAAAGCCGACUUCCACGAGCCAAUGUACCUACAGGGUGACGUCACACAUCUAAAACCUAAAGACGAGAACGGGUCUGUUGAGUUUGAGCAAAGCCUGCGGUUUGUUUCUUCAGGGGAUAUUUGGGAGAUUGUUGGGGUGGAAGACUUAUCCAACAUAGCGAAAGUGGAAUAUAACGUGGAUUCAACAGAGAGCGGUGGGGGUGAGGCUAAAAAAACAACUCGCUACUUUCCAAUGUGCGAGGUUCUUGUGGAGGACAAAAUUAAUCAAGACAACGUCGACAUGAUGCAACAGCACAAUAAUUACAACCUUCCUCUAGACCUCUCCUCCAAGCGCUAUCUGCACCAGAGAGCACUCCGUAUGCCCGCUCGUCUACGCAUAAAAAAACUUGCACACCGGUGGGGGAAAAAUGCUGUCUUCGACUUCGAGGACGUCGACGGGCAGAAAAAAAGACCGAAAAAAGGAGAGGCAACGAUGGAGUUUCCCCUGAAUGAGAACGACAAGGACUGCAAUAUCAUCGGAGGACCACCAGCACAAGAUUGCAAAUUUAGUGAGAAGUGGGAAACGUACAUGAAUCUACUUGACGAGUACUGGGACAAAAUGAGCACGUCCAAGGAAGGUUUUUUGGGAAGGAUCGAUAUUGAAACGGGAACAAUGGAGAUAAUGGUUGCUGGCUUUGAAGCCCUUCAAGCGGGUAAAGCAAUGGCUAAGGAGGCGAUGGCGAAGGAGGAAAAAGCGGCCGGCGACGACCAAACGACUAGUGCAUCAGCAGCCCUUCAGGUUAGAAGUAACGACAAUGCCGCUCCCGCUUACGCUAAUAAUGUUCACGGCGGCGACGACCAACUACAGCUAGAAGCAAAGAAUGCAGCAGCUCUACUGUCCACGACAAUAUGCCAGGAAAAGACCGCGUGUAUGCAAUCGCGUGCAAGCCGAUAACCGUUCUUUCCGGAGACAUUAUCAUACACACGUGCUUAUACACGUUGUACAGGAAAACGCAAUUCGAAUUCGUGCAUGCAACAGAUAGUAUUGAUACAGAAGAUCUGGCUGCACCAGCAUGAGACGUGGCUUUUGUUUGCACAGCAUACAGCACGGCGAACGUUGAACCAAAGGGCGGGCAACAACUCGAAAAGACGAAAGUCGACGACGGAUCUUGGGCUCAGUCAAGACCGGUUGGAGAUGAGCCUCCACAGCAGCACACCAAAGAAGAGAAUGUUGCUGCUCCAGUCUCCACAGAAGCAGAUGCUGGCGAUCCACUGCAGCAAGGAAACGCGGCACGGAAAACUGAUGAUGGACACGUCCUUAGUGGAGCCACCUUUACCAGCGCCGAGCAAAUCCAGCCGGACGGCAGCACGACGGUCGGAAACACCCCGGAGCGAGACGCGCCUGCUCCUCCGCCGCACACGACGACCCAAGCGAAAACCACUGGCGCGACCCAACCCGAUACGGACGAAAAUGGUGACCAGAAGCAGCACGGGAGCAAAGUGAGCAAAGAUACGUCGCCUUUUUCAGUUUCCUCUGGCGGACGAGAUGAUGGAGACAGAAAAGACAGCGCGUCCGACCAGCACUCUUUUGUGGAGAAGAAAAGCAGCUCACACACCUCCUCCCAGGCUGUCCCAGAUGCUGCACUCGCGGAAGAAGGAGAAGCUUUUGCCCUCGAGAAUCAGUUGCCAGGACAGCAACACGCGGGCGGCGCGCCAGCCAGUCCGGAUCCAGGUGUAGCAAAACGAACAGGAACGGCAACAACGGUACAGAGCAAGAACAACCAUCAGAAACCACAGGCGAUAUUGAAAGAAGCGGCAAUAAAACAUGAUAGUUUCUACGAUGAUGUGGUGGAUGCAGCAUCAGCAUCUUCUGCCAUUCAGCUACAGGUACAGCAGUCAAGCGGCGACAGAAGUAGGCUUUUGGCGCAGCCGGGGGACUCACAUCACAUCUUCGCGAUUCUAACCAACCCCGCGUUCUACUCCGAGCACGCGCACGUCCUCUCGGUGAUUUUUUUCGUCCUUUUCAUCUUCAUUUUCCGCUCCCACGUCCGCUCUACGCUGACCAAAGGGUGGAACUUUGUCCGGAACCCGAUGAAUCUGCAGCGGCGAUUAUGUUGUUGAAAGCGCACACGCAGAGAACAAAGCUGCCAGUAAUACAGCCAGCAUCUACCAUCUGCACCAAGCUUCAACGCGCACACCAGGGCUGGUGAUGUAUAGUCUGCAUUUGUCGUGCGUGCUGACUCGAGAGCUCAAGGCAUACCUGCUUUUUUACAUGUAUCGGCGAGAACUGGUGGUAGAUGCAGCUUGCAGAACCAAAUAAUAGCGAAGGUUUUGCAUAUCAUACUCACCGAGACCUGGGGGCGCAGGACAGCCACUCUUCCAUCCCGACCAAAGUGACCAAAUCAACACGCCGCCGCGGACCGGGAGUACUGACAAGCGGGGCGGGAAGAAAAACAAAAAGAACCGGCAGGAGCCAGGACCAUCUCAUGACGGACGUACUGCCAAUGGCAGCGGCUUUGGAAUUACAUCAACGGCAAGCACACCGGAGAGGUGGAAGCGUGAUCAGGACCCGGGGGCAGGUGGUAGUAUCAACAACCGCGGGCUUUUUAAUAGCCCGUCCGAAGAGAUCUUAUCGUCCUCUUCUUCCUCGUCCCCAGCACUGUCCCGCUCCUCACCUAUCUUGUGUAAAAAUCUAAAUCUCCAUCGCCCACGCACCCCUGCUCGGUGUCACUUUGUCAUGCACAUAUGGCAUGCAUGCCCGCCUACCUUCUUUCAAUGUUGGAUGUUUCGCAUGACAAAGCGGUGAUUAUUGCGAUCGCGAUUUUUGUUUUUCCAACCGAGACCACCGUCGCUUUCCCCGGACGCCGAAAACCCCUUGACCCCCGACACGAAACUACACCGGAAAACGAAGCACCGGGUAUCGAAUGCAAAAAUGUCUGGGUCUGGAUAAGUGUAAACUUGUGACGCAGGUUUUUCAUGACCCAUGAGGUCUGGAAUGCAGGACCUAGCAUGACAGAGUCUGUGAGGUCUCUGCCAUGCCUAUCCUGCAUGAGAAACUCCCUCCAAACUUGGUCGAAAGUGGACAGUCUUUGGCACUCAUGCAACACAGAUUUCUGCAUGAUUCGGAUUUACCUCCAUUACAAGUUGCAAUCUUCCAGACCCAGAUAUUUUUGCAAUCCAUACCGGAAACCGAAGAACAACGGGUUGAAAAUUACCAGUGCGCAGAAGAAGAAAAUGCAGGGGAAAAAACGCGAUUUGUUGGCGAGAAUGAAUUAUGGUGAGCGGAGCUGUACAGGGGAGAACGAAAGAACGAAGGACGGCUUUGGCGUUGCCGAUACGGUUGGACGGCAUCACGAGUCGUACGGAACCUUUGCCAAUUUGUUCGGGAAGAAAGAAGGGAAGGAGCAGGGUACGGAGUCCACGAGGACCUCUGCGGGGGAGAAUCUGGUGUAGGGAACAUAUAACCCGCUCAGGUGUUACAAUCUCAAACGUCACAAUAGAAUUCGGAAUUUGUGUUGCAAGAAGUGCAUGAUCUACCCUGCUCCCACAGGAUUGCGCAUGACAAGUUCUGGAGUCCCAAUCCGCACCACAAUCUGCCGAAAUUUGUAUUGCAGAAAGUGGAAAGCUGUCCGAGUCUGUCAUGUUGAUCAUGCAAGACAAAUCUCAGAUUCUAUUGUAACGUUUCGGAUUGUAACGUUUGAGCAGGUCAUAGAACACGAGGGCAGUUUCGUCGAGGUGGUACGACGUUUCACCGGGGAGACGAUUUUUGUCAAACGUAAUUUUUCAAUUCAUGUUUACGGAGAACAACCAAGGUUGAGUUUACUAGUUCUGUUGUAAGUUUGCUUUAAGAGUAAGUUCAAAGCCAGGAGACUUGAUUGCAGAUGGCAUGCGAAGAUUCUAAAGAAGCAACCAGAAGUUUUUUUUCAAUUAUUGUCGCAGCUGGUCCUCCGUUUCAAAUUUAUUAUUUUAAGUAACUGCAGGUGCAGAUAACCAGGAAACAAGAAGCAAGCAACGAUUACGAUGUAAAAGGACUAUACGAAAUCUCUCUUCGAAGUAAUAGAAGAGAAAGGAGCUGCUUAUGUUUGUAGUGCGCACUACUUACAGUUACACGACGACAUCACGUCGUGCGUCCGCGUCGUGCGACAUGUUUUUUUUUUGCUAAAGUCCAUGAGACUGACUCAACAAAUUGAUAUACAGCUCACGUACAACGCUCAGUUGCCGAUUUUACGAUGACUACUCAGUUCCUUGACGAGGUUUGUUUAUUGUUUGUUUUUGUUUUUUUUUAUUUGGCGCUCCGACGCUGAGGUUUCUUUUUCGUCUUUUUCAUUGCUAAGUUAAAGAAAGUUUAAUUUUUGAUGAGGAUCGCUACUUUUUCGAACUACAAUCCGCCAAAAUUCAAAAGGCCGCACGAAGCCGAAAACAAAGCUGGAAUUUCGCAGCAAUAUUUUUACACCAACGCUACAGCGACGACCGUCGUCGAAUAAAACUGUUUCACAACAAACGCACAAAAGAUUUUUCCCCAAGCGAGCAAAGAUUCGCAUAUUCAAAAAAAAACAAAUACUCCCUCAAAGGGUGGCUAUGCCGCAC